CUUUGGGAACCGGAAGAGGCUCCUGUUGCCAAGGGAACGCCGCGCGCCUUGGAGUCUGCUCCGCCGCCACUGAUGCUCCCGUCCAGGCCGAAGCCGCCGCCGGUUCCCCCAACUUGUAGGAGAAGCUGUGCUCAGGACAAGGGAGCCUUCGAAGAGAGGCAGAGGGAGGAAGGCUGAGGCUCCCAGGGAAGAUCCCACCGCGGCAAAGGUUAGAGGAGUGCGUCCAUUCCUGUCCUUGUCAGCCUUUGGGCUUUUGGAUUGGCCUCAAAAUAUCAGUUGCUUUGUAAAUAUUUAAAUCACAUUAUGGGAUUGCUGGACAGACUUUCAGGUUUACUUGGCCUGAAGAAGAAGGAGGUUCAUGUUUUAUGCCUUGGCCUGGAUAACAGUGGCAAAACGACAAUCAUUAACAAACUUAAACCUUCCAAUGCUCAGUCUCAGGAUAUAGUUCCAACCAUAGGAUUCAGCAUAGAGAAAUUCAAAUCCUCCAGUUUGUCUUUUACAGUGUUUGACAUGUCAGGGCAAGGAAGAUACAGGAAUCUCUGGGAACACUAUUAUAAAGAUGGACAAGCUAUUAUUUUUGUCAUUGAUAGUAGUGAUAAAUUAAGAAUGGUUGUAGCCAAAGAAGAACUUGAUACCCUUCUCAAUCACCCAGACAUUAAGCACCGCCGGAUUCCAAUCUUGUUCUUUGCGAACAAAAUGGAUCUGAGAGACGCAGUGACGUCUGUGAAAGUGUCUCAGUUGCUGUGCUUAGAGAACAUCAAAGAUAAGCCCUGGCAUAUUUGUGCCAGUGAUGCCAUCAAAGGAGAAGGACUCCAAGAAGGUGUGGACUGGCUCCAAGAUCAGAUCCAAGCUAUGAAGACAUGAAAAGAUAGUCUCUGGAAACCUCAGCAGUUUUCAAUUAAAGGAGUCUAUGUAAGGCAUACUGAAUAAUGUCAAAUUUAUUUUUAAAGAUUUAUGCAACCAAGAAUAUUUUACAAUAUUCUGCUUGCUUUUGUGGACUCUGGAAAAACUUUUUAAGAACUUAGGACUUGAGACAUUGUUAAUCUGGCCAUUAACUAUAUGAAAACUAACAUUACCUCAGAACGCCUUUGUUACUAGCUUCUUGUAAAGGUCUACAUGUUGUUGUAAUUAGAAUGUGUAAAUACCAGUUAUAAGCCAUCUCAAUAUCCUAUCAUGAUUUAUGAUAUCUUUAAUGUAUUUUUAUUUUUUAAUUGUCCUCUAAAAGUUUAGUUUAUUCUAUGGCUUUGAAGCUUGAAUUGUGUUAGUGAAACAGCUUUAAAGAGUUAUAAGGGAUCACAGGUAAUUGUUAUAUAUGUAAUUUUUAUUGUGUCACAAUCAAUAAAAAAUGAAAUAUACCAACUAGAGUGCUUUGUUCAUGCUGAAAAUAAUGUGUUGGUGUACUGUUUGGUGUUUUACUGCCAGUCAUUAUCUGAGACCAACCAAACUCAAUUGACUUUUUGUUUACCAAAUAGUUCCAUACUUUGUGAUUAGGCAUUGCCCUGUAAACCUGCGUGUGUGUUUUUCUCUUCACAGUUGUGAAAGUUUGGGUAUGUGGUCAGCCCAUUCUUUCGGAUCACUCGUGUGUAAAAUAUCCCUUGCCUUCCCUGAAAUCAAUUUAAUGAGGGAGAAUCUGAGAACAUUUGCCAUAUGAUUAAUUUUAUUUCAUUAGCUGAAUGACAAUAUUACAUUUUCAGAUUAAUAAAUUAAAAUUUAAUACAUAUUUAACAUUAAUAUUUUUAUAA